UAUUGCAGGAUGGAGCUGGUGUGGCACGGUGAGUUCGACCGCCUGUUCUCGCAGUACUUCCCCCACAUGUGGUGCCUCGUACCCACGUUCUACCCCCCGGGGGAGACAUGGAGGACGUUCAAGGACAGCGCCAAGGUCCGGUUCUCAUGCCAGGACUGCGGCCAUGGGUGGACAUCCAUGAAAGGCCGCGUGAUCUUCUGGUUCGAGCUUAACUAUGCCACAAACUCCGGCUGCGUGAUGUUCAAGCUGUACGGACAACAGUGCCAGAAGUGCAAGACCGGAAAGUUCGAGCACGCCAUGUGGUACCCGGAGGAAGUCGUUAAGGUGGUCGGCAACGUGUACAACCGUGUGGGACAGAUCUACUACGGCUUCGUGCGCUCCCCUCUCCGAAUCGACCGGCGAGUGGGUAAACCCCGUAACCAGCACAACUCCGAGCUCUGCCAAGCCUGCAAAGAGGGCCUUUGCAAAGAGGAGUGGUCGUUUUCGUGACGUCACUUUUAUGACUUCAUAGGCUCGUGAUAACUUGGUCACGUCCGGAUACUUCGGGGGCCUCUACAGAGCAUCGUUAAUUGACGUCGUUCGAACGAGCGCUUGAUCAAAUCAAAACUGAAAGCACGUCAGCUGAGACUUGUUGUGGUGACGUCAUUAUAAUAUACGCAAAACUUGCUUUUGUCAAAAAAUUAGU